GAGCAAGUAGUGCCAUUUCACUAACAAAUAACAAUGCACGGCGAUUAACAGGCUUUGUUUAUUUUAUUGGUUUAGUUAUAGCGAUUAUUGUUACUAUCACAUCUCAAAUAGUAAUUGAACACAUAUGAUCUCUUGAAUUUGGUUCAUUGAAACUUCAUAUUUCAAGCAGUCAGAAAUGGAAUCAAUUACAUUCAAAAUUGAAACAGUACCGGAUGGUACUAACCAAAUGUUUGCCCAGCCAAUUAUGACUACUUAUUCAACUAAUGAUGGAUAUAUUUCUUUUCCUAAAGAGGAACUUAUAAUUAUUGCAGAUGAUGCCACAAGUUUUCUAGAGAAACAAUUACAACCUAAUAAUUCACAGAUUGUUCAAGAAGUUACUAAUAAUUUCAUCAAGGAAUCACCAGCUGAUGAACAAAUUCAAGAUGGUACUGCAACCAAUGUUUUAAAUUUAGGAUCAGAAUUGACAGUUGCUCAAGGAAGAACAAAAAUUAAGUGUGAACUCUAUUGUUCUCAAUGUGAUCGAGUCGUUGAUGAAGAAACUAUUGUUCAAAAUGCAGAAUGUCUUGAAUGUAAGGAAUGUACUACAAGAUUACAAUUUAAGUGCAAAAGCUGCCCCAAACGAUAUGACCAAGUUCGAGGACUCCAUAGACAUAUUAGGCAUGAAUGUGGUAGUAUAAAACGUUAUCAAUGUUCUCAUUGUCAAUUUAAAUGUAUGCGAGAGAUACAUUUAGAUUUGCAUAUUAAAAAGAAACAUGAUGCAGAGUACUCUUUCAAGUGCUCAAAAUGUGGUAAAGUAUAUGAUAAACGAUGGUGUUUGAAGGAACAUGAGAGAUCAUGUGAAAAUCCAUUAAAAUGUGGAUUCUGUUCAUUUCAAACCACGCAAAAGCAAAGUCUCAAUUAUCACAUAGGAGUUGUUCAUAAAUUAUCUCACAAUGUUUUUUAGUAAGUUAAGCUAGGUUGUAUUCUUAUUUUUCAACAUAUUUAUAAAGCCAUAUCAGAUUUUUGCUUUAAUUUAUAAGUAGUGUACUUUAAAACAAUUUCUAUUUUUCUAAUACAAAAAAAAAUAAUUUACAAUAUAGACAAAAUAAGCAUAUCCAUAUGUUUCUAUUAGAGUUAAAUGUUUACAUAAUUUUUGAAAUGUUAACACAAAUCAAUUAGUUUUACCUAGUUUUUGAAUCUAAAACAAACUGUCAUAACAUUAUUAAAGGACUGAUGUAUCAUAUAUGUAUAGUAAAAUUGAUUACAGCGUGGUUUAUUAAUAAUACUAUUGUAUACUACUAUUACAUACAUUGAUAAUACUAAUGUAUUUGUUACGUUUUCGCAUGAUUGAUGUAUUAUUUUGAUGCUUUGAUUGCUACAUAAUUCAUUUAAUAGGUUGUGAUUUUUAUAAUGGUUUUUCCUUCACAAGCGCUUGUCUACAUUCUAUACUAAUGCAAUGUUUCCAGAACUGAAUACUACAUAAAUAUUAAUAAUUAAUAUGGCUCAAAAAAUUAGUAUAACUUUCACAUUUUCGAUGAAAGAAUAAAAAUUUAUAUAACUGUUAGUUAUAGCAGUCAACGUGUUCAAGUUAAAUCUGAAGGUCAUAUAGGUUACGAUAAAAUAAUGCCUAUAAAAAUAAUAAAAUGUGGAAGUAAAACAUAAGAAAUCAAUCCUAAUAAUAAAAUAUUAAAAAAGUUAUUGUCUUGACUCAAUCUGUUGAUCUAUAUACUCUGAAUUGUUUUACAUGCAAAUCACGUAGUUGAAACAGUACGUAAUUACGUAUGAAAAAAUUAAAAAUUUAGAAGACUCCUAUGAAUUACGGUUGAGUGAUAAUUUAUAAGUAGUACAUACAUCUAAACCUAAUUGCAUUUACAGCUUGAUGAUAUUAUAUGUACUAUUUAUAGGCUUACAGAUUGAGUAAAUAAUCAAUGUAAUCUUAGAGCUAAAUUGGAACUUGAUAUCAAUACUCUUAGUCAAUAAAUCAUCAAAUUUAUGGCAGUUUGAUAAACAAGAUAUUAUACGUGCUAACAAUGGUAACAUCACAAGUUAUUGUACUUGUUAGAUGGGAAAAAAAAUUAAAUGGAAACUGAACUUAUAAAUUUGAAGUAAAAAAAUAUAAUAUGAUUUUCAAUCUUUUUGAUACAUGCCUUUUUCAAACAAACAAGAUUGUUUUAGUUGUUUUGUACUGUCAAAUUUUUAUGAGUAAUAAAAAUCGUUGAAAAUGACAAAUGUAACGGAUGAUUUGUGUAGAUGAAAUAAAAUGAACAAGCGUUUUGAUUAAACUAAAUCAGGUUGAUAUUCUUAUUCCUUAUUAAUCAUUGUUAUACCUUACUAUCCUUCUUUGUUAAUAAUCAU